AAUUAUUCUUCUAUUAACAGAUAACCAUCUAAUAAACUCUUAAAGAAGAGCCAGAAGAGUGUAGCAUCUCUUUUAUUCAUAAUAAUUGAAGAUGAAUUAUGAUUCGUACUCCAGAUUGAAACAAAAAACAGUAAAGGGUUACUAAUCUUGCUCCACAAACGGUGACUGGGAACCUUGUUAAAAGUUAACAUCUUUGACUCUUAAAACUGUUAUCAUGUGGGGCCUGGCAACAGCUACUCUGCAGGUCCUUCUCAAAUCGGUGAAGCAUGCUGCAGGUAAAGGGCAGAUCCAGUUAAACCGGUGGCUUCAGCGAGCACCAGACUCUACAGACGGUGAUAAAAUCGACUUACUAAUCUGCAGCACGUUUGACGAGCGAGUCGGUGCCUCCAGAACAGAAAUGGACCCUGCAUGCACUGGUGAACCCAUGACACCCUUCUCCACAGACUUCAGGAAUCCAUGCUGCAUCACAACUUGUUGCUUCAAAGCUGCACUACUGGCAUGUCUCCUGACAGCGGUUUGCUUCUCAUCAGUCUCGCUCAUCCGUCAGUACCUGAAAGAGGCACUUCUCUGGGUUGAGAGCCUGGACGGACUGAUGGGUGGAAUGCUCUUUAUCGUGGGCCUGAUCACCGUUUCUUUUCCCUGCGGCUGGGGGUACAUGGUGCUGAACGUGGCUGCCGGAUACCUGUAUGGUUUCGUGCCUGGUGUGGGACUCGUGAUGGUGGGCGUACUGAUCGGGACUUUGGUGGCACACUUGGCGUGCAGGCGAGUGCUCUCUGGGUGGGUGCUAAGCCGAGUGGGAAACAGCGAGCAGUUGAGCGCCGUCAUCAGAGUGGUGGAAGGAGGCAGCGGGCUGAAGGUGGUGGCGUUAGCCAGACUUACGCCAAUUCCAUUCGGCCUCCAGAAUGCGGUGUUUUCGAUCACAAACGUGUCCUUGCCGGAUUAUCUAGUAGCCUCAUCAGUGGGCCUGCUGCCCACUCAGCUUCUCAACUCCUACCUGGGCACCACGCUGCGCACCAUGGAGGACGUUAUAGCCGAGCAGAGCAUCAGUGGAUACUUUAUUUUCAGUUUUCAAAUCUUUAUCAGUAUAGGACUGAUGUUCUACGUGGUGCACCGAGCACAGCUGGAGCUGAACGCCGCCAUCGCUGCCUGUCAGAUGGAGAUGAAGACUUCGCAUAUGAACGGGGGAGCGACGAACCACAGCGGUUCCACGUACUGCAGCAAACGCUCCUCAGCAUGCAGCGGAAUUAACGUGGUCUGAUGCUAUUUGAGGUGUAGUCUAACCACCUUUUUUUCCCAGCGGCUUGGUCACAAAUGCCAAGGCUGAUGAUGAUGAUGAUGAUGAUGAUCAUCAGGCUGAAGAUAAUGAAGUCUGACGCCCGAGAAGCUUCUUCUUUAGAAGCAUCGUUUCAGGGUCAUCUGCGGCGUGUAGCUGCGAACUUGCAAAUCCGAUACGUGAGGAGAUCAGCGCUGGUUGUGACGAAAGUUCAAGAGAACAAGGCCAGUAAUUUGCAAGACAAAAAUUGAAGUUUGAAUACGGCGCCUAAUAGCUUCUAUUGGGACGUUUUGUUUCGAAAUGAUUCUUUUUUUUUAUGUGGUAUGAAUUUAAAAUAGAAUUUUAUGUAUUUAGAGCAGGAUGUCAGCAUGUGAUUUGGAGAACAGUAUAGUACAGUGUUAUAGCGUGGGGGUUUUCAACCUUUUAGGGCUUGCACAACCUUUCAUUUGUUUACUUUCAACUUUCAUCCCCUUGUUUUGGUUAGACCCAUCACCUCCAGUACUGCUUCAUUAAUAAAAACAUGAAAAACAUACCAGCUCCAUAUCAUACUUCCACCACCAUACUUCACUGCUGGUUUGGUGUUCUUGAGACCAAUCAUUUUUUUUACCAUCAACUAAUAUAUGAAACAUAUAAUGCUUAUAAAUACAUAAAUACAAGUAAAAUAGCAUUCUAAACUACAUGGUUAAAUGUUAGUUUCCUCUUACUGUGCAUCACAAAUGCAUUUACUUCUGACUUCUGUUGUAUAUCAAAUUUAGACUAAAGUAAUCUGUCCUAUGUAAAACAGAUCUAAAUAAUCAAUCCAGAAUAAAUCUCGUUUUGACUUUCUGUCAGGAACAUAAAACCCUACAUCUGAUAGAGAGGCUGAUAAAAGACAGCAAUCACAGAGCAGAAACAACACAAAACUUUGAGCACCAGACAAAGCAGUGGAUCCAUUUUUGCCGCUAAUGGAUCAUACAGUGGAUUAAUAUUGAAUUGCAACUAACUGGACGCUUUAAAUAUGCAUCCCACUGCUCAUUUUAUCUUUAUUUACACAGUUAAACUGCAGACAUGAAUAUCUCAACCACCCCCCUUGAGCGGUGCUUGGGAUGCGCCCCACAGGUUGAAAACCCCUAUCGUAGAGAACCAGCUGCUGCUGUAGAUUAGACAGCGCUCAAUGAGCGAUGAAGAUGUAAUCUAAGGGUUAAUUACACUGACAGAUGUUUUAGUAAACCAUUUACAAGCAGAUUUUGGUAAAUAUUCAAACCACAGAAAUAUUAAAUUAUUAUUAUUAUGGUUGUUAUUAAAGCAAUAAGCCACGAGAGGCCGUGCAUUACUGUGAUUUUAGCACGGGGAUGACGUUUUUGGCACGACGUGAAGCGGAGUGCCUAAAACUUCUUUCCCCGUGCUAAAAUCAUAACAGUAAUGCACGGUCUCGAGUGGCUUAUUGCUUUUAUAAAACGGCGGUCAACAAAAAAUAUAACAAAUACAACAAUGUUUAAUUCAUAAAUGUAUUUAUUGUGUAUACACUUACAAUAAAGCAUUCUUCCGCGACGCAAAAUAGUUCGAUUAACAGUGUUGCUAGGCAACAUGAGGGCGAAAAUAACAUUAACUUUUUCGAUUCAGUGGCGUAUUAAUAUGGAAUGAUGUGAGGUGGUCCUAGGUGUGAGUUUAUCGGGGAUUUUACAACGGCUUCGAACGCGGCUCAGCCAAUCAGAUUUUAGGACCGGAACUAUCCGUUUUAUAAUUUUUCUUUUAAUUAUUUGUUUAACCAUUACACCAAGCGUGCCAAACCGGGUCAGUCUCUCAGUCGCUCACGUCUGUGAGGAACAGAUGGAAAGGAAGGCAAAUUUCCCUACAGGAUAUUUAAAAACGGCCUGCCAAGAUUCGUAAGUGCAGCCUGAUUAAAGCGAACCACGUGAUAUCAUCCAUGUUUGGACGGGAGAGCUUGGCACGUCUUGUUCUCGUUUUAUGUAUCCAAACAUGUAGUUUCAAGGCUGCUAUAAAUUUCACCGGACUCGUAUCUGCCUUGUAUGUUGGAAUUUCUUUACAGUUGCAAGAAAAAACAUUGUGAACCUUUUUAAUAACUUGGUUUUAGAAUUGCAAUGUGGUCUGAUCUUCACUUAAAACCCACAAACUCACAAACCUGUGUCUUUGUUGAACUAAUUAAGUAAGCAUACACGGUGCAGACAGGAAAAAGUAUG